AUGUGCCCAUUGGAAGACCAAAGAAAAAAAAGGAGAUAUGUCAUGGAGGUUGAGGAUUUGGUGAAAGGUAACCAAUUGUCAAGAGCACAAAAGUCAGUGACAUGUUCUAAGUGUAACAAAAGUGGUCAUAAUGCAAGGACUUGCAAGGGACAGAAGGCUGGUGGUGCUGGAAGUGCUAAAGUGAAGGCUGGUGGAUCACAAACUUUAAGGAAUGUUGGUGGUGCUAGAAGUGCAAAAGUGAAGGAUGGAAUUGCAAAAGUGAAGGUUGGUGGUGCUGGAAGCGUAAAAGUGAAGGAUGGAAGUGCAAAAGUGAAGGCUGGUGGUGCUGGAAGUGCAAAAGUGAAGACAGGUGUUAGCAAAAAAGGGAAAGGUGUCCCAUAA